CAAUGACGCAUACACUCCCCUCCCCCUUUUUGUCUGAUUGAGUAAAAAUGGCGGACAGGUGGUCUGUGGUGUCGUUGUUUCGUUGGUUAAACUAACAAGAAACAAAAUGCUGCUGAUUUAAAUGUCAUAUGUGGAUGAGCUGACUUGCAGUUCAUAGUAAAGUUUAAGGUUUCCGUGUUGCAGACGAAGUUACGGAGCGUUAAUCAUCUUUGUGUCGAGCGGUCAGUAUUUAUAGAGACGGGGGUUAGGUGGAAGGACUGGUACAACAUCACACAAGUCAUUCUGUUCAAGGAUAUAUGUAAGCUUCUGCCAACCAUCUUCAAAGAUGUCUGAUUUUCUGACAAGAGGUUUCAGGGCCCAGCUGUCUACAACCAUGGAGUCAGUCCAGAGGAUGGCAGUAUUUGAAAUAAUGAAGCUCUUUGAGAACAGCCUGCAUGACCAUCUAAUGGAGCUGGCACAUAAAGGGGAAGAGAUUGCUCAACUGAAAAUAAAGUUACAGAGAACAGAGGUCAAGCUGAGAGAAAUUGAGUGUGGAGGUGAAAGAGGGUCGGAGGUGAAUGAACUGCAGAAAGAGCCUGAAGAUGUUGUGAAUCCCUCUGGACAAACAUCUGAAGUUCCAGAGAUUGAUUUUGAAGUACCUGAUGACUGGUGUGCUCCUCUGGGCUGUGAGACUGUGACCAAACAAGAUGACAACGUGUGUCCCAGCAUAAGACUGCGAUCGCUCUACAUUCCUCUGUGGCAUGUUCCAGUUGUCAAGGAUGAGGCGGUUAACUGUAAGGUUGGCUCCCAGCAGCGAACAAAGGGUGGUAGAAGAUUCAAGAAAGGUUCCUCAUUAAAAAAGAGACACAAACAUACUCAGGACAGAAGUUCACCAGUGGGAAUUCGACGUCGACCAGUGAGAAACGACAUGAAAAAAUUGCUCGAAGACAUCAGCUAUGACUAUGCAGACCUAUCAGACAGGUCUACAGGUCUUAGAAGAGGAGGGAGAAAUGCCAAAGGAAAAGAGCAAGAAAACACAUUCAAGACCAAAAAAGAGGAAGAAAAAAGUACAGCACCCGAGUUCAAAUCUAAAAAAACGGAUGAAAAGAAGUACUACUGCAAGUUUUGUAAGAAGAUCUUUGAUACAUUGCUUGGCCGAAACGUACAUCUACGAUCACACAAGAGGUGCAGAGGUUGCAAAAGAGACUUUCCUUUCCCAAGUGUUCUUGAGAGGCAUGCACCAUACUGUGCAGAACUCAAGAAAUUGUUGGAAAAAGACACACAGUCCACUGAGCCUCCAAAACCUCAGUCCUGUGAUAAAGAAAAGCGAGCCGAACCAAUCAAAACAGAGGUCAUUAAGAAAGAUGGAUCCAUAAAAAAGUAUACCUGUAUAUACUGCAACAAGAAGUUUCCUUUACAUUACAGGCUCCAAGAGCACAUGCGUGUUCAUACUGGUGAAAGGCCAUUUCCUUGCCCCAUGUGCCCAAAGAAAUUCCGUAUUAACCAGUCACUCAAACUGCAUGUAAUGAGAAUACACCAAGACCAAAGGAAUUACAGCGAAACAAAUGAAGAACUCACAUGGACCAAACCUUUAGAGAUUGGAGAUAACCAAGAAGAUGUGACUUCUCCAAACAAAGACACGAGUCAAACAGUCAACCAUAUUAAAGUUAAGGAAGAAUGCAAUCCAGAAAAAAAGCCAGGAUGGCAAGCAAUGGGCACACGGUGCCCCAAUGGUUUCAUCUGCCGAUUGUGCAAGAAGCUCAUAGAAAACAAACACUUGUUGAUUGAACACUUUAACACCCACAAAGGAGAGAAGCCGCUCAAAUGUGAUGAUGGACAGUUUAGCGGUUGGAAAAACAGGUGCCCUAACCCUCUGAUUCCAUGUAAGCAGUGUGGGAAGAAGUUCCCCUCACAAAUGAGGCUUGAUAGGCACAUGUUGAACCUUCACAGCCAGUCGCCUUAUAUAUGCAGUGUUUGCGGCAAAGGCUUCCUCGCUGAAGGACGCCUUAGAAAUCACAUGGAGCACCAUAAGUAACCCGGCAUGGUUAGCGUCAUCUGUCUGUGCACAUUGAAACACUAGAUGUUGUCAUUCAUGCACAUAACUGUUUUUUUUCCUUCUGGUUUGACAUUGAGGCUUUCAGCAGAUAGCGAUGAUUGAUACCAAAUUUAAAAUGCAUAUUUACCUGAAAAUAUUUGUCCAAAUGCAUGUAACACUUUAGAACCGGAGACUACUGAACGCUCAAAGUCUUUUAGUACUGACUUUUUGUAGUCCAAAGGUAAAACAUCAGUGUCUGUCUGUGUACAGGGGGGUUAAAGUAUUCUUGUUGUUCUAUUUACUGAUCUAAGUAUUAGCCAAUUAUUCCUUAAUAUUACACCAAUGUGUAAUAUAUUCACUAAACAGUUUAUAAUGGGGUAGGUAUGGGAUAUAAAUAAAAACUUUCAUGGUCCAUAUAAUUUCAGAUUGUGAUAGCGGCACAUAUUGUGAUGUAGUAAACUCAGAACUUCAGAAAACCCAAUUUUAAAAAAACGAUGGAAAUGUUUCUUUUAUUGAGGUACAUCGUCACAUUGAUGCAAAAGUAAUGUAAAUCCAAUAUUCCCUUAAAGUAGACCUGCUCUUUUGUUAUGCCUAGUGGUCUAAUAUGGCUACCUCGGUUGAAGAUGUAUAACAAACUCUGUCACCUCACCGUGUACAGUAAAUCAUCAAAUCCCACAACCCUGUUAUUUUUAUUUGAAACAAGUGUUGAGGUAUCUGUACAUAUUUGUCUUCUUUCUGCUUAUUGAAGAAACUGCAUCAAACGAUUGUUCAGACAGGUUGACUGUCAUACUUUUGGACCCAGCUUUGUGAUAUUGAUUAUAUUUGCUGGAUUAAAUGUUUUUAGCUAUCUUGUAGAAUCAUUUCAUCUGACGCUGGAGUUCUAAAACAAGUCUGAAGAAAACUUGCAGUAUUAACUGUUCUAUUUUUUUUGUAAAAGAAACAAUAAUGAACAAUGGUGUCACUCGGUUGAGACAUUGUCAACAUUACCCCCAAUAAAAUCGUUUUUUUUAA